AUGUCCCUUAAAGCUGAAUUGGAAACUUGGGCAGCGGCAUUGAAAGCGUAUGAUGAACAGGAUUUCGACACAGCUUUAUCAUGUUUUGAACGUAUUGGAGAUACCUCAAAGAUAUGUUGGAAUAUGGGUAUCAUACUUGCCACUUUAGGUCGUCAUGAAGAAGCGGUUGAAAAGUUUAUCGAAGCUACAAGUUUGGAUGGUUAUCUAACCGUGGCUUAUCAUCAAGCUGGAGUGUCCAAUUUUAUGUUGGGACGAUACGAGGCCGCACAUAAAGAUUUCGAAGAUGCUUUAUUAUACAUGCGAGGUAACCAAACAAUUAAUUACGAACAACUAGGUCUCAAUUUCCGACUCUAUUCAGCAGAGGUUUUAUUCAACUGCGGUCUAGCGAAAAUAUACAUGGGUCAAGUCGACUCUGGUAUUCAAGAUAUGCGCGAUGCGGCGAGUCAAAAACAAAGUCCUGAACAUGGAGUAAUCGAUGAUGCUAUACGUGAUCAAGGAAGAGAUUACAAUGUUUUUUCUGUUCCCGUAGGGGUUUUAUUCAAACCGGCACCUGGGAAAUUGAAAAAUCUAGCUGCUAGGGAUUAUAUGGGAAAAGCUGUUUUAGUCGCUGCUAGCGAUGUCAACGACGCUUAUACGACUUUUACAGGUGUGACACGUCUUCAACGUGGACAAACUCCUUCUGGUGCUCCUCUAGAUCCUAAUCAUCCUCUUUCACGUUCAGCUUCAGUAGGAGCUUUAGAUAGUCCAUUACCAAUCGCUACACGUAUGACAAGAAGUAAUACCAUAGCCACUUCAGCAGGAAAUAUAGAUCCACCACGUCCUCUCGCACGAAACAAUACUACCCUUAACACUACUCCGAACACUAUAGGAUUACGAAACAUGACAACAUCAACGACUCCCGACAUCCAAGACAUGCGUGGAUUGUCCAGGGGCAAUUCAAUUCGUCCUUCUGAUAAUAAUUCUCUUUCCACACCUUCUAAACCGAGAACAGAAAGGAAAGAUUCUACUUCUUCUUCAGAAGGUCCUAAUUCUCCUCCAGAUCCAGUACUUCGUACUCCUCAAGAACGUCAAAAAAGUUUACGAGUGACAGAAUUAUAUGAUGAUUAUUAUAAAUCACCAGGAGCUUAUGAAGAUGAUAUACCACCUGAACUCCCGCCGAUUGGAGGAAGAAAGAUUGAAGCUUGGGCAAAGAAAACUAUUGCUGGUGCUCCCCUUACUAGAAACAAUUCUGCAUCAGCCAGAGGACCACCUAGUAGUUUCGGAGGAAAAGGUUUGGGGUUGAGGAGGACACCAAGUACGAUGAGUAGUGUCAUGACGAUGAGUCGAUAUGAGGAGGAUGGAGUUUCGGAGAAUGGUAGUUUUUAUGAUAUGGUAAAGAUACGUGUCAAGGUUCACGUCGGUUCAUUGACAAGAGGAAUGUCAAUUUCCCCAACCGACAAUUUCCCAGAUUUCCUAGAUGCAAUCCGAGCCAAAUUCCCAGAUUUGACCUCUGACGUCGGGGUGAGAUUCAGAGACGAAGAUGGUGAUAUGUUGAGUAUGCAAGAUGAAGGUGAUUUCGAAGCUGCUAUUGAUGUAGCUAGAGUUAUGGCUAAAGGGAGACAAGAAGGAAAGUUGGAAAUAUGGGUUGAUUAA